CAUAUCUCGGAUGUAUGCACUAAAUUCUGGAAGAAAUUUAAAAAUUCAUGUUUCGGAAGACCUUUUUUAAAAAAUUAUCUUUCGUUUCACAAAAUGCGGCACUUACAAAUAGUUAAAUAUGUACAACCACGGUAUGUAAUAAAUACAGUGUUGUCCCAGCGUUUCAUGUCAAAGUCAGGCAAUGCAAAAUCUUCUGGUACAGAUAAAACAGAUAAGAAAGAUACAAAAUGUAAGGAGGGCAAAGAUGCAAAACCGGCUAAUGCAGCUAAGAAACCUGCUGAUGCAGCAAAAAAAUCUACAGAUGCAGAUAAAAAAGAUGCAACGCCUAAGGCAGUUAAGGAGACUAAAGUCACGAAGCCAAAAGACGAAACACUUAUAUCCGGCGGGACAAAGUGCACGCCAACUAUCAAUCCACCAGCAAUUAAUAAAACUAAAAAGAAGCUAAGAACAUGUGAUGAAAUUUUGCUUGGUAAAGGCAAACAAAAGAAAAAGAAACUUGAUUUAACGACCAUUCAAGGAGGAGACUUGGGCUGCCCGGGAAGAAUUGAGAAAAAACCACCAAUUGUUGCCAAACACGCCAAGCAAUGGCAGAAAAUCUCGCUAUUCGGAGUGCUGCCCUUGAUAGCCAUUCUUACUCUCUUGGUGUUCAGCACUCGGGUAGAAGAAGAUCGCCUGGAAUUUAAGAAUUGGACCCACAUGUACAAGCGAUCAAAGCCGUAUUGGUUCCGUGAUGGAAACCGCACAGCUUUUCACAACAGCCACGUAAAUGCCUUGCCUCCAGCCGGAUACGAGGACGAAGUGGAUGAGAGCGCCAUUGGCCAGGAUCCAGAGUCGGAGCAGGAUAAAAAAUCUCGCUUAAAGGAGUUUGACAAAGUUGUUAAAAACUGGCGCAAGCAUUCGUCCAAAAGAGAUGCUCAGCUUAAAAAGGAGGCUGCCGCUGCAGAAAAGGAGGCUAGAAGACAAGAAGCGCAGUAAAAACUAAAUUAAAUC